UACAGGAGAUGACCAGAGACUGACACAGACGGAUGACCAAGAGACUGCGCACAGUACAGAGAUGACCAAGAGACGGACAUAGUACAGGAGAUGACCAAGAGACUGCGGACACAGUACAGGAGAAGACCAGAGACUGCGGACAGUACAGGAGAUAACCAGAGACUGCAGACACAGUACAGGAGAUGACCAGAGACUGCAGACACAGUACAGCGGAUGACCAAGAGACUGCGCACAGUACAGGAGAUGACCAAGAGACUACGGACAGUACAGGGGAUGACCAGAGACUGCAGACACAGUACAGAUGCAGGGAGAUGACCAGAGACUGCAGACACAGUACAGGGGAUGACCAAGAGACUGCGGACAACAGUACAAGGGAUGACCAGAGACUGCAGACAGUACAGGGGAUGACCAAGAGACUGCAGACAGUACAAGGGAUGACCAGAGACUGCGGACAGUACAAGGGAUGACCAGAGACUGCGGACAGUACAAGGGAUGACCAGGGACUGCGGACAGUACAAGGGAUGACCAGGGACUGCGGACAGUACA